AUGUCGCUCCAGGCUACAGAUGACACGGAAAUGGUCAUGAGAGGUUGUCGAUAUGGAAGAUUUGUUGUUCACUGCGAAGAGGACGGUCAAUUUGCCAUGCGAAUAGCCAAAUAUCAGCAACUGGUCUUUGUUUGUUAUUGCACCGUCCUCAUUUUUGUUGGAAAUUCUAAAGAUACUGUCAAUUGGAUGAUGCGACAGUUUAUCAGUGAUUCCGAUAACAAGAAUCUCGAAAAAUAUCGAUCCGGUUGUUUGUGGGUCAAUCGGUGCGUGGUCGAGCUCCUGAAGCGACGAUGGGGCUAUAAAAGCUGGGAGCUUUUCAUGCUGUUUGCCCAGCCAGUUCACCAAUAUGCUCGGUUUGCAGAUCACCGCAAGAGUUUUGAGAUCUUCAUCCAGUCACUAGGGGACGGCCAGGAGACUGGGAUUUUUGAAGAGGGAUGGGUACCUUACUGUCUUCCUUGCAUUGUGAAAUUUAUAGCAGGUGACGCAAUAGAGUAUGUCUUUAUUUAUGGCUGCAUUCUGCUUGAUGAUUCUGACGAUCCCGAAGAUUAUCCCAAAUAUGCAAAUGUUUAG